AUGUGCAAUCGUACCAGUAUCUCUAUUUGGCAAUUAUUGAAGGCCAAACCUUUGCUUCAGACAUGGGCACAUCAGCUUCGUUUACUUAUAUGCAAGAGACACAUGGCGACUCGUAUGGAACCUAGCAAAGUGAAGUAUAAAUUUGUGGAAGACGUCGAGCGUUUGGAUUAUUAUGUCCCAGGUGGCUAUCAUCCCACUAUGCUGGGCGAUCAAUUCUGCUCUGGUCGAUACGUAAUCGCCCACAAACUCGGGUUCGGUCGUUCUGCUACAACUUGGUUAGCAGAGGAUAUAGUGAAUGGCCGCCUAGUUGCCCUCAAAAUCUCAACAGCCGAGUCAGUCGACCGAAUGCACGAGAUGGAGGUUCUUUCGCGACUAGCAAAGGCCGAAUCUAGCCUCCCCGGAAAACCUAUUGUCCAAAAUAUCCUUGAUUCCUUCACGGUCUCCGGACCGAAUGGCACUCAUCGGUGUUUAAUAACUGACGCUGCAAGACUUAACCUCAAUGAAGUAAAAGAGUACCCUUAUCAUCGACUCCUUCAUCUUCCCGCAGCAAGAGCCAUCGCCGCACAACUCUUACUUGGCGUGCAGCUCAUUCAUUCUCAAGGUAUUGUUCAUGGGGAUCUCCACCUCGGGAACAUGCUUCUUCAAUUGCCGUCCGACAUGAAGAACAAGACGUCGAAGCAAUUACGUGCCAGAACUGGCGAACCAGCGAAAGAGCCUGUUGUCCGCGAGGAUGGACUUCCUCUUGGCCCUGGGGUUCCUUCAGAGCUUGUUAUCCCUAUAUGGCUAGGCAUUGAUAGUGACAAAGUAACCCUUAAAGAUGCGCCAAUCACAAUCUCAGAUUUUGGAGAAGCGUUUGAUCCUCAAACAACAAAACAGUACACUGCUCAUACGCCGCUCUUACUUGCACCACCAGAAUCCCGCUUUGCAGACGCCGGGCAGCCUCCAUUUGAGUCUUUCCCUGUCUCGCUCGAUGAGGUUACAAUGGAGCAUGUCGAAAUGCUUGGAAAAUUACCCAACCGAUGGUGGAAUGAGUGGAAAGAAAGAAGCAACCGGUUCCACGAAGAUACCCACAAAAGCGUAAAAGAAGAUCUCCGUCAGUGGUAUGGAAUCACAUCUAGGGACUGGGAUACGCGGUUCGACGAAAACAUACGAAAGCCACGAGAAAGGAAUGGAUUCGAGUUGUUUUCGGCGGACGAGGAGGCGGCUUUCCGUGGUAUGAUGAAGUUGAUCCUGGUUCUUGAGCCGGGGAAAAGGGCCACAAUCGAUGAAGUAGUCAAAUGCGAAUGGAUGCAACAGUGGGGUUUACCAGAGCUGCGAAGAAUGCAGGAUGCAAUUGACAAGAGCUCUUAG